AUGGAGGACAAAAGCAACUUUAAAGUUGACCGCUGGCAAAUGGGGGCCCUGUUUUCAGUUUUCUGUGCAAUUAUGACUUUUUUUCUCCUCAUUUUUAACCGUGAACCAGGAGAGUUUUAUCCAGGUCUUUCAUCAAAAACAGCAUAUCGCUUUUGUGGCCUAAAAUCAUAUAAAGACAAAGUGUCUGUUCCGUUUGAAAAAUGCUCCUUGGUGCAUGUCAGUGUAGUAUUCAGACAUGGGACUAGAACACCAGACUCCAAAGCCAUUAAAUCUUUUUCAGAUUUAUACGAACGUCUCAAACAAAGUUAUAAUAAUGGGUCACCGAUUCCUCGGAAAUUGCUAACACAUCCAAUACCUUUUAAAGAUGCUGCUGUAAAAGAACUUUUGCCUCGAGGAUUUGAAGAACAUGAUGGUUUAGGUCGACGUUUUUCUUAUCUCAUGAGACAAUAUUUCAAUUUUACGAUUGACAAUAUUAAUUUUUACUCGAGUUCCAUUGAUCGUUGUAUUGCCAGCGGACGAGCAUUUUAUAACGGGUUUAUUAAUGGACCAGCUGUAAAACCUACAUGGAAUCGUACAUUAUAUUGUGGCAAUGAACUAGUACCAAAAAGUUGUCUACUCAACAAUGAACCAUUUGAAAAUAACAAUAAUAAUAAUAAUAAUAAUGAAAAUCAUUACGAAAAGAAUAUCACAAUUAAUAAUUAUCUGUUAAGAUUUUUCGCUCAUUGUAAAAAUUAUAUUGAAAAAAUUGAAAACAAUAAAUCAGCAGUUCAAGAAUAUUAUAAAUUUUUUAAUUCAAUUUAUGUAAAUACUUCAUAUGAAAAUUUUAUCAAGAGAUUUCAUUUAAAACAUGAAGAUUAUACACCAGAUGAUUUGAAAACAAUAUUUUGGGCUUGUGCAUACGAAGUUGCUGCAAUGAAUGAUUAUGACAGUUUAUCACCUUGGUGCAAUCUCUUGUCACCUAAUGAUUAUCCAGUAUGGGAGUAUUUAGCAGAUUUAAAGCAUUACUGGCGUAAAUCAUACGGCUAUGAACUAAAUUAUAAACAAUCAUGUCCUCUACUUAGUGAAAUAGUACAACAAAUUUCUAAUGUAGCUAUGGAUUUUCAGAAAGGCAACUAUAAUCAAAAUAAUCCAACAUUACAUCGUGGAAGUUUUUGGUUUGGACAUGCAGAAACUAUUCUACCUGUUGUGGCUGCAUUAGGUAUAUUCAAUGAUUCAGUUGGUCAUUCAAAAUUACACAAAUUAACAGCUGACAACUUUGAUGAACGAUUAAAAAUGAUUCAUAAUCCGGAUGUUCCUUCCCCGACAAUGUUUCGCACAAGUUAUAUAGCACCAUUUGCUGGCAAUGUAGCUUUCUUAUUGUUCUACUGUCCUGAUUUAGAAACUUCUGACAAUCUGGAUAAAUUUCGUGUACAAAUAUUGAUCAAUGAAAGAACAGUUGCUUGGCCAUUAGCCAGUUCAAUACAACCGCCUACAUUAGAUCAUCCAGGUGAAACAAAUGCUUCUUUAACAACUGUAUUAAAAUAUUUUAACAAUUGUAUGCCUAAUGUUUAUGAUGAUAAUAAAGUUUGUUCACUGCCAACUUCAAUGUAG